AUGACCUCCCGAUCAUCUCGAGCUCCGAAGCGGCAGAAGCUGGAGGAGGAGCCAGCAGCAGGCAGCUACAACUACAACUAUGCGGCCGCAGGCUACUCAUUCCCUGGGUACGUUGGCUACCAGUGGCCUGCGCAACAAGCAAGCCCCUAUGCUUUGCCAGCUGCGUACAGCUAUGCUGCUACCUACGGUUAUGGCAGCGCCUACUAUGCUGCCGCUGCAGCCGCCGCCGCGGUGCAAGCGGGUGCAGGCGAGGAGACGGAGACUGAGUCAGCGGUGGGGAAGAAAGGAGACUACGAGAACUUGCUUCAGGAGAUGAAGGCCAAACAGGCGGCGCGCGCCGCCGGAGACUCCCAGCAGGAGGUCCAGGACAAGAAGCGCUUUCGGCUUCCUUCCGACGGCUCGGCGGACCAGUUCGGACGCCUGGGCCGUGCGGUUUCCACCUCGCUCCGUGUGGCGGAAGGUGCUUCAUUGUCUCUGCAGCAGCUCUGCGAGGACAAGCGCAUCCACCAGGAGUGGAAGGAGCUGGAGAAGAGUGGCUUGGUCAAGCCCAACAGCCAAUUGAAGACCUUCCUCUUGGAACGAGCGACAUCUUUCGAGGUGUCAAGCAGUCCUUCCGGUCAGGCCAUGGUGAAGCUAAUCGGAGAGGCUGCCGCGCCGGCCCUCGGGGAGGUUCCCGCCAUCGAUGCCUACCUCAGGAAAGCCGGAGGCUCUGAGCGCGUCUCGCGCCUGUCCGUGCUCUUCGGCGUGGACGAGGCUGGACUGGCCCGGCAUUUCUGCAUCUACGAGGAGAACGGCCGGAAGUAUGCGUCGCCUGGGAAAGCUUCCAACAGUGCCACGCAGAUCGGGAGCAAGACGCCCCUGGACAAGACGGACACGGCUACGGUGGUUUCAGAGAGCUCCGUCGUCGACCGGGAGCGUGAGCUCAAGGAGCUUGAGAAUCACUUGGCGGGGCUCACUCGCGCACGGUGCCACAUCGCGAAGGCGAUGAUCUACUGCCUGGACUGCGCAGAGAGCGCCCCGAUGCUGUCGCGAGCUUUAGCCAAGUCCUUGGAGGAGCGCGAGCUGACCAUCGACGCCGGCCUGGCCCGGAUUUUCCUGAUCAGCGACAUCCUCCAUAACUCCGCCUUGAGCAGCUCUCGUGGCGCAACUCGCUACCGGAGCAACCUGCAAGAGUUGCUUCCGGGGGCCUGCGAGCAGUUUGGCUUCUGGCUGCGCGGGAAAGGGAGGCAGUCGCUGAGACAGUCCCGGCCUGAAGCGGCUGUCCGGCAAGUCCUCGACUGCUGGCGCGACUGGUCCAUCUUCCCGCCUCUGUUCCCCGCUGGACUCGAGGCGCUUCUCUUUGCGGAGAUACCGGAGGACACCGAUGCGAUGGCCAAGAGCGAUCAGGAUCCGGAGCUGCAGGCGAAGCUGGCGCAUUGGCAAGAUCCAGGCACCGCGCCCCGGGCCCCCUACGCCGCGCGGCUUCGGGGCCUGGCCAAUUCCACGCUUCCCGCGGCGGCUUGCGUGCUGCGGCUGUGCCACUUCGAGCGCUUCUGGCACCGUGCCGACCCUGCCCGGCGGCAGCGUGCGGGGAUCCGAUCGCCCGGCGAAGGGGAGAAGGUUUGCUUGCAGAAAGAAUGGGACGGCGAGUCCCUCAGUGAGGAUGACCAAUUGGAUGCGGACGGGGAGUCGUUCUGUGAGGCCAGUCAGGCUGCAUGGCCUGUGCUCGGACUCACCGAGUGGCCUCUGGGCAUUGGCAUGGACCCAGGUGGAAGACACGCUUCUGCGAGAGCUGGGGAGAAAAAGGGCUCGGCUCUUCUGGGUUUGGAAGGAGCAAAAGCCGGAAGUACUGGUACACUGAACAUUCUGGCAUGCCCUUCACAGCAGUAA